AUGGCGGAAGCCGGUGACGGGAAAGCGAUGCCGGCGGAGGCCGAGAAGAAGAAGGAGCAGAGCCUCCCCUUUUAUCAGCUGUUUUCUUUUGCUGAUAAGUACGACUAUAUCCUGAUGAUUAGUGGCAGCUUGGGUGCCGUCAUUCACGGGUCCUCCAUGCCUGUUUUCUUCCUGCUUUUCGGCGAGAUGGUCAAUGGCUUCGGGAAAAACCAGAUGGAUUUGCACAAGAUGACCCAUGAAGUUGCCAAGUAUGCUCUCUAUUUCGUAUACCUUGGAUUGGUUGUGUGCUUUUCGUCCUAUGCAGAGAUUGCAUGUUGGAUGUACAGUGGGGAGAGGCAAGUGGGAGCAUUGAGGAAAAGAUAUUUAGAGGCUGUUUUGAAACAGGACGUGGGCUUUUUUGAUACAGAUGCAAGAACUGGGGAUAUCGUGUUUAGUGUCUCUACAGAUACCUUGCUUGUUCAAGAUGCCAUUAGUGAGAAGGUUGGUAACUUUAUCCAUUAUCUUUCGACGUUUUUGGCGGGGUUGGUGGUCGGUUUUGUGUCGGCAUGGAGGCUAGCGCUACUCAGUGUGGCCGUUAUUCCUGGAAUAGCUUUUGCCGGUGGGUUAUAUGCGUAUACGUUAACUGGGCUCACCUCCAAGAGCCGUGAAUCGUAUGCAAGUGCUGGUAUAAUUGCCGAGCAGUCGAUUGCCCAAGUUAGGACAGUUUACUCGUACGUUGGUGAGAGCAAAGCCCUGAGUGCUUAUUCAGAUUUAAUUCAAAACACACUAAAGCUGGGGUACAAAGCUGGAAUGGCUAAAGGACUCGGUUUAGGAUGUACUUAUGGUAUAGCAUGCAUGUCGUGGGCACUCGUUUUCUGGUAUGCUGGCGUUUUCAUUAGAAACGGACAGACAGAUGGCGGCAAGGCAUUCACCGCUAUUUUCUCUGCCAUUGUUGGUGGCAUGAGCUUGGGCCAGUCUUUCUCCAAUCUUGGAGCUUUCAGCAAAGGAAAAGCUGCUGGAUACAAAUUGAUGGAAAUAAUCAAGCAAAAACCGACUAUCGUUCAAGACGAAAAGGAAACGAAGUGCUUGUCGAACGUCAAUGGGAACAUUGAGUUCAAAAACGUAACUUUUAGCUACCCUUCAAGACCCGACGUCAUAAUCUUCCGAGACUUUUCCAUUUUCUUCCCGGCAGGCAAAACGGUAGCUGUCGUCGGCGGUAGUGGCUCGGGAAAAAGUACCGUUGUCUCAUUAAUAGAAAGAUUUUACGAUCCUAAUCAAGGGGAAAUUUUGCUCGAUGAUGUUGAUAUAAAAACCCUUCAGCUGAGAUGGUUGAGGAAUCAAAUCGGUCUUGUGAAUCAAGAACCCGCGCUCUUUGCCACCACAAUACUCGAGAACAUUCUAUACGGGAAGCCCGAUGCUACUAUGGCCGAAGUGGAAGCUUCUGCAUCGGCUGCUAAUGCUCAUAGCUUCAUCACCUUGCUUCCAAAUGGAUACAACACUCAGGUGGGAGAACGUGGGGUCCAGCUGUCGGGUGGGCAGAAGCAGAGGAUUGCAAUUGCACGGGCCAUGCUCAAGGACCCGAAAAUCCUACUCCUCGACGAGGCCACGAGCGCUCUCGAUGCUGGCUCCGAGAGCAUUGUUCAAGAAGCCCUUGACCGACUCAUGGUGGGCCGGACCUCAAUCGUCGUGGCCCACCGACUAUCCACGAUCCGUAAUGUUGACUCCAUAGCCGUCAUCCAACAAGGCCAGGUCAUCGAAACCGGGACCCACGAGGAGCUCAUAUCCAAAGCUGGCGCCUAUGCUUCUCUCAUCCGAUUUCAAGAAAUGGUCGGUAACCGGGAGUUCUCGACGAACCCCUCGACUCGACGAGCAAGAUCCUCGAGAUUAAGCCACUCGCUCUCGACGAAAUCCCUCAGCCUUCGUUCGGGGAGUUUAAGGAACCUGAGCUAUUCUUACAGCACAGGAGCAGACGGGCGGAUAGAGAUGGUCUCGAAUGCAGAGACCGAACGGAAAAAAAACCCGGCUCCGGCCGGUUAUUUCUGCCGUUUGCUGAAAAUGAAUGCUCCCGAGUGGCCAUACUCGAUUAUGGGGGCUGUGGGGUCAAUUCUUUCGGGCUUCAUAGGGCCCACUUUCGCGAUCGUGAUGAGUAACAUGAUCGAGGUGUUCUAUUAUAGGAACCCGGCUGCUAUGGAGAGGAAAACGAAGGAGUACGUUUUUAUCUAUAUUGGAGCGGGACUUUACGCGGUGGUCGCAUAUCUCAUUCAGCACUACUUCUUUAGCAUCAUGGGCGAAAAUCUCACUACCCGAGUUCGGAGGAUGAUGCUAGCAGCAAUUCUGAGGAAUGAAGUUGGGUGGUUUGAUGAAGAGGAGAAUAACUCGAGCCUGCUCGCGGCUCGUCUGGCUACCGAUGCUGCAGACGUGAAAUCGGCUAUAGCAGAGAGGAUAUCUGUGAUACUGCAGAACAUGACUUCUCUUCUCACUUCAUUCAUAGUGGCCUUCAUUGUUGAGUGGAGGGUUUCAUUGCUCAUACUUGGCACAUUUCCUCUCCUUGUCUUAGCAAACUUUGCACAGCAACUAUCACUCAAAGGUUUCGCCGGCGACACAGCGAAAGCGCACGCUAAAACGAGCAUGAUCGCCGGUGAGGCCGUGAGCAACAUCCGAACAGUCGCCGCCUUCAACGCCCAACCGAAACUCCUCUUCCUCUUCUCCCACGAGCUCCGCCUCCCCCAACGCCGCUCUCUUAAACGAGCCCUCUCCUCGGGCCUCCUCUUUGGGCUUUCCCAGCUGGCCCUCUACGCCUCGGAGGCCCUAAUCCUCUGGUACGGCUCCCGCCUAGUCCUCCACGGUCUCUCCACCUUCUCCCGAGUCAUCAAAGUCUUCGUUGUCCUCGUCAUCACCGCAAACUCCGUAGCUGAGACCGUCAGCCUUGCUCCCGAGAUCGUCCGAGGCGGCGAGGCCGUCGGGUCCGUUUUUUCCAUCCUCGACCGGCCCACAAAAAUCGACCCAGACGACCCAGAAGCCGAGCCCGUUUCAUCAAUCCGCGGUGAAAUCGAGCUGCGACACGUGGACUUCGCGUACCCAUCCCGGCCCGAUGUCAUGGUUUUCAAAGACUUCAGCUUGCGGAUCCGGGCGGGCCAGAGCCAAGCCCUAGUGGGCCCAAGCGGGUCCGGGAAGAGCACGGUGAUAUCGCUGAUCGAGAGAUUCUAUGACCCGGUUGGCGGGAAGGUGAUGAUCGACGGGAAGGAUAUAAAACGGGUCAAUUUAAAAUCUUUGAGGAUGAGAAUCGGGCUUGUCCAGCAAGAGCCUGUUUUGUUCUCGGGCAGCAUUUUCGAAAACAUCGCGUACGGGAAAGAAGGGGGGGCGACCGAGGGGGAAGUGGUGGAGGCGGCUCGGGCGGCGAACGCGCACGUUUUUGUGAGCGGGCUGCCCGGAGGGUACGGGACGCAAGUGGGGGAGAAGGGAGUGCAGCUGUCGGGCGGGCAGAGGCAGAGGAUAGCGAUUGCUCGGGCAGUGCUGAAAAACCCGGCGAUCUUGCUGUUAGACGAGGCGACGAGCGCUCUGGAUGCCGAAUCAGAGCUCGUUUUGCAGGAAGCGCUCGAGAGGGUGAUGAGGGGGAGGACGACGGUUAUAGUGGCGCACAGGCUGUCGACAGUGAGGGGGGUGGAUAGUAUAGGGGUGGUGCAGGAUGGUCGGAUUGUCGAGCACGGGACGCAUGGGGAGCUAGUCGGGAGGGCCGAAGGGGUUUACUCGAGGCUUUUGAAGUUGCAACAGCAUCGGAUAUGA